AUGCAGAUUCCCCAAGAAGAGUUGGCCAGCAACAUCCUGCUGGAUGAGGACAGCCAAGACAGGCCCGAGGUGUCAGGAUUACGGCACCCAUUCUUCGAGUCAUCACUCGGCACUGCCAAUCUUCUGGGACUUGGCAGUGAUGAGAGCCGGGGACGGACGGCGCACCAAAGAGUAGACGUUGAAGCGCCAAAUCGCACCCCCACUCGCACCCCGUCGCCGGUGUAUCAGUAUGGCGGGGUCAUGAAGAGCUUCGGCGGUGAAGCAGACCGCAUGCCCAGCUUCGCGCCGGUGCCGAAGAGCUCUUCGUUGCCGCCGGACUCCGCGCCGCCCAGCUCCCCCAACUUCCCGUCGUAUCCCUCCGCGCCGCCCCUGUGGCGCGGCUUGAACGCCCAAUCCCCGGCCUACUUUAUGAACGCGGGGCAGGUGCCGUCGGCGCCUUCCACUUCGAGCCAGAAAGAGGUGUCGAAGCCUAUGCAGUUCGAUCCCGGUGUCAUCUCCAUGGUGAUGGCGCUGCAGGGAGCGGGCGGAGCUCUGGGCGCGGAGCCGCAGUCCAGAGGUGCGCCAGGUGCGCCAGGUGCGCCAGGUGCGCCGGGUGCGCCGGGUGCGCCGGCGCCGGGUGCGCCGGGGCAGUCGGAGAGGGACAAGGAGGCCAACUCCCUGAGCCCCAGCCAGGCGCUGCCCCCUGGCCCCCAGCCCCCGCGGGAGGGCAAGAAGAGGCACCGCCGGGAGAAAGCGGAGGCCAAGGCGGCGCCCCAGCAGCACGCGCCCGGGGAGAUCGCCCCCGGCUCCGCCAGCUUGAACACGCGAGCGGCGGAGAAAGGAGGCAAGGGGGACAGGAGACGACGUGGUGGUGGAGGUGGUGGUGCUCCACACGUAGAGGCGGAGGAGCGACCGAAGCCGAAACCGCAGACCAGCAGUCCCCUCAUUGAGCAUUUGAAGGCGAAAGAGCGGCUGGUGGACUUGGCGGAGCUGUCGCUGCACAUCAGCGAGAUAGCUCAAGACCAGUACGGCUCCAGGCUGAUUCAGCAGAAGCUGGAGAUCGCCAGCGAGGAGCAGAAGCAGCAGGCCUUCAAGCAGGUCCUCAACAAGAUGUCUCAGCUGACCACAGACGUGUUCGGCAACUACGUGAUUCAGAAGUUCUUUGAGUACGGAAAUGCGGAGCAGCGGAGGAUCUUGGCGGAGCAACUGGUGGGCCAGGUGCUGAAGUUGUCCCUGCAGAUGUACGGGUGCCGUGUUGUGCAGAAGGCCCUGGACAGCGUCCCUAUCGAGCAGCAAGUGCUUCUCAUAGGGGAGCUGAAGGGCCAUGUCAUCAAGUGCAUCGAGGACCAGCAUGGCAACCACGUCAUUCAGAAGUGCAUCGAGCGACUGCCCACUGAUCGCAUCGGCUUCAUCGUCGAUUCGUUCAAUGGUCAAGCAGCGCGGAUGGCCAAGCACUGCUAUGGCUGCCGGGUGAUCCAGCGCUUGAUCGAGUACUGCGCUUCCGUUCAGAUCUCUGCACUUCUGGAUGAGGUUUUGCAAUGCUUCAUGGAGCUGGCUACGGACCAAUAUGGAAAUUAUGUGGUCCAGCACGUGAUGGAGCACAGCAGUCGUCCUGGCGACCGCCAGCACGUCAUGAGCAUUGUGAGGAAGAACAUUUUGUCUCUUUCCUGUCACAAGUAUGCGAGCAACGUCAUUGAGAAGGCCUUGCAAUGUGCAACUCCGGAGGAGCGGGCGCUUUUGGUUGAGGCGAUCACUGGGCAACAGGGUGAGCCACACCCGCCGCUUCUGGUGAUGAUGCGAGAUAGGUUUGGAAACUACAUCGUGCAGCGGGUGAUUGCGGUAGCCCAAGGCCCGCAACGGGAUUUGCUCUUCUGGAAGCUCCGGGACCACAUGCCCGUGCUGAAGAAGUCCAACACGUACGGGAAGCACAUCAUUUCUGCGCUCGAGCGUGCGCAAGGGCCCAAAGACUGACGCCCCAAGAGCCAAUCGCCUUGACCGUGAACAUAGCAAACUGGGUCAGGCGAAAGCUCCUUGCUUAAACGGCCUGUCUGUACAUAUGAGCCUUGCCAUUGGUCCAGAAGCUGUGGCUUGUGGCUUGCAAAAGAGUCACAGUAGUUGUUUUCCUUCUUUGAGUUUUAAAGGUUGGAUCCCUCCCAAGGCUAUUUUGUCUCAUGUUGGUUUCCUUUCUAUCGCUCGGCGUUCGUUGAAGCCGGUCCUUUUGGCCGAUGGCGUGAAGUUAGGCGCCAUUCAGGCAAGGGCGCGAUUGGAAUUUCUAGAAAAUCGGAGAAGUCGCAGCAAGUCGCAGUUU